AUAAGCUGGUAAUAGCAGUCACAUGUCACUCUCUGUGAGGUGAACGUUAUUCUUAAUGUAGUCCAGUUUGACGGAACUAUUAUUUUGGAAAGAAAGACAGAAGGCCAAAGUGAGACAGAGAGACAACUAAAAGAAAGGAAAAGGGAAACAUUAUCAGAACUAGAAGCUUAAAAAAAACGAAGGAAAAUAGUAAGAAAAGGUCGAAAUGGGUAGUUUCGCGGGACACAUUCUACCAGGCUCAUUCUUCUCUGCGUUCGGCAUGUGGUGGGCCUACAACAUAUUCUUUAGGUAUUUCCUUUGUUUACGAGGAGGAGGUAGUGGAGGAGGAAGCGGAGGAGGAGGAGGAGGAGGGAAGAACUGGAGAAGACGGUACAGAAGCACGCCAACUUUUAGUUCAAGAUGCUGUUCAAAGAUCCCAAUAGAAGCUUUUUUUAAAGUCGCAGCGUCAUCUAUCGGCAUUGCAGGCGAGUUCGUGACAGCCUUCAAGAAUGGCAAAUUCACGCACCUAAACAACGCACAGCACAUGACAAUGUACUUCUUCUUCGGGCUCAAUGGAGUCAUGGAUUUGGCACUACACUACCGUCUGCCAGUGCCUCCUGAUGUCGAUUACGUGUCUGCCGUGUUGGCUUUUAUGGCUGAGGGGGUGCUGUUCUAUUAUCAUUUACAUGGACGCACGCAUAUGGAUAUACAAGUACACAUGUUCCUGUUCUAUUUGAUCUCAUGCUGUGCUGUCUCCACCAUCGCCGAAAUGUGUCGAAAAUCCAGUGUUCUGCCUGCCCUAUGUCGGGCGUUUUUCACUCUGUACCAGGGCACGUGGUUCAUCCAAGUGGGGUUCCUUCUCUACCCUCCCCUGGGAAUGGCAAAGUGGGACGAAGAGGACCACGGCCAGAUGAUGAUCGUGACCCUGAUCUUCUGCUGGCACGCUGCCCUCAUCUUCAUAGGCAUGGCACUCGUAGGACGCCUGGCACACACGAGGGUCAAGUGCAUGAAUGAGUCCACCGUGUAUGAAAGUCUGCACGGUCUUCAGGGGAUGGUGAGAAUGGACCCCGAGCAAGUCAGGCGCAUGAUUUCGGACGAGUCGGAGGCUGAGGAGGGAGUCUAGAGGCAGCGGAGACGCCGUGGAGAAUCGACGGAGAAAGACCCAGCGGGGAAAGUAGGGACAUCUUACCCUUUCUUCGAAACGCAAGACGAAGAGGAGAAAGCGAUGAAGGAGGAAAAAGAGUAAUCAAGAAAUAUAGACGACGACGAGGAAGAAGGAAGACGAAAAAAAAUGAAAAUAAGCACAGAAGAAUUAAAGAAAAGGAUAGUUUAAGAGAGAGAGAGAGAGAGAGAGAGAGAGAAAGAGAGAGAGAGAGAGAGAGAGAGAGAGAGAGAGAGAGAGAGAGAGAGAGAGAGAGAGAGAGAGAGAGAGAGA